AUGGCGGGAGCGCACGUCUUCCCGGGCGGCAUCCUCGAAGACGGAGACUCCGACCCACGGUGGCGCGACAUCGUGCCUUCUGGCAAGGAGAUAGAUGCCGGCGAGCUGGCGUGGCGGCUCGCGGGUGUACGGGAGGUGUUCGAGGAAUGCGGGCUCCUCAUCUCGCGACCGCCGCUCUCCUCUUCUCCACCCGAGGCCAAGAAAUGGCGCGAGAGGUCGGCCCAGGAUAGCACCCACUUCCUGCGCAUGUUCACCGACCGCGAAAGUGACGACAACGCCGGCCUGCGCCACCACAUCCCAGACACGGAGGCGUUGGUUCCCUGGGCGCACUGGGUGACGCCAUUGGAGGAGAAGUGGCGCUACGAUACCCGGUUCUACCUCUCCGUCCUUCCGCAGCCCUAUGACCACGCACAGACCGACGCCAGGGAGGUCACCCAUCUCGACUGGUUUGCCCCGACCGAAGCCCUGCGCGCGUUUGACGAAGGCACAAUAUCUCUCCCUCCGCCCACGUGGUUCAUGCUCAAGGAGCUCACCAACUACCCCUCGCUCGCCUCUCUCCGCGAAGCCACCACACGAGGAAGGGACCUCACGCCGGUGCAACCGAGCCUGGUGCCGACGGACGAAGGCCUCGUGAUCGCGAUGUCGGGCGACCGACUGCACUGGGCCUCGCGCGGGUCGGUGGCGGCGCGCGGCUUCAACCGCAUGCUCGCCGAGGCCGGACCGGGGCGGCAAUCCUACGCGCUCAUCGUCGACCCCAACCCUCCCCUGUCUGCGUCCCUGUGA